UCCAGGCGCCACAUAAUUUUUACACGGAAAAUUUAAUAAUAUCGUCUGACGUAAUUUCCAGAAUGGCCAAAUCCGACGGCGCUGCAUUUUGAUUGGUCCACGCUGGCACCCGACUCCCCUCCCCCCCGCCGAUGGUGCGAUUUAGCGGAAGUUUCUUCCAUUUGUCCCUCCUCUUGUCUACGCUGGCGGUGCUAGGUUUCUAUUUAGAGCAAAUCCGAGAGGACGAGUUUCUAUAGUUUUCUGUUGAUUUUCUCAUCGUGGUACUAUACAUUAUAUUGUAAAUUGCUGAGCUCUGAAGCAAGAGAUUUCACUACGUAAUCGGAUCCCAUUUUCGGGUGUUGUGUUCGAACUAACCUAAUUUGUAUUCCGAUACUGUCUUUGGACAUUGCUGUUUUCAGUUCAACCCAACAAUGGUUCAUGCUGGUUCUACCCAAUUUUCACAUAAACUGGGGAUUCAAAUCGUUCAUGGAUGCAAUAAGUUACAUAUUAGUGGCAAGGGAAAGACCCGGCUACAUCUUGUUACUAUCAUUCCUACGUCACACGAUCUGAGGUAUGAUCCUGGACGUCUUCAGCUCUUACGCAGUGCAAGUCGUCCAGUGUAUCCCAUGUCUUCCAGAGCAAAUGUUUUUGUGUGUCGAUCUGUUCUUGAACCAAGUGGUGGAGGAGCUGGGACUGCUGUUCUAAAAACUGCAGCUUUGGUGCUGACAAGAUCUUAUGAUGCUUUACGCGGAAGUCCUCUGUUACUUAAAUUAAUUCCAGCAGCUUGCGUCAUUGCCUUUGCUGCUUGGGGUGUUGGACCUCUUAUGCGUUUGGGGAGGGUUCUAUUUCUUCAUGAGCCCGAUGGCAGUUGGAAGAAAAGUAAUGCAUACUAUGUUACGACUUCCUACGUUCAGCCUUUACUGCUAUGGACAGGAGCUACAUUGAUCUGCAGGGCAUUGGAUCCAGUAGUUUUACCGUCAGUAGCCAGUCAGGCCAUCAAACAGCGACUUCUAAAUUUUGUUCGAGCUUUGUCUACUGUUCUGGCAUUUGCCUAUUGUAUAUCAAGCUUGAUUCAACAAGUACAAAAAUUCGCUACGGAAUCAAAUGACUCAAGUGAUGCUAGAAAUAUGGGCUUUGAUUUUGCUGGGAAAGCUGUUUACACUGCAGUCUGGAUUGCUGCUCUUUCAUUGUUCAUGGAGUUGCUAGGUUUUUCUACCCAAAAGUGGCUCACAGCUGGGGGUCUUGGUACCGUAUUACUUACCCUUGCUGGUCGUGAGAUAUUUACUAACUUUCUCUCAAGUGUAAUGAUUCAUGCAACACGACCAUUUGUGGUAAAUGAAUGGAUUCAGACAAAGAUUGAUGGAUAUGAAGUUUCUGGAACGGUUGAGCACGUUGGUUGGUGGUCGCCGACUAUUAUCCGAGGCGAUGAUCGUGAAGCAGUCCAUAUUCCAAAUCACAAAUUCACCGUUAGUAUUGUGAGAAAUCUUACUCAGAAGACUCAUUGGCGUAUCAAAACUCAUCUUGCCAUCAGCCACUUAGAUGUCAACAAGAUUAAUUAUAUUGUAGCUGAUAUGCGGAAAGUUUUGUCCAAGAAUCCUCAAGUUGAACAGCAAAGGUUACACCGUAGAAUCUUCUUGGACAACAUCAAUCCUGAAAACCAGGCUCUUAUGAUUAUGGUUUCUUGCUUUGUGAAAACUUCUCGUUUUGAAGAGUACUUGUGUGUAAAGGAGGCAAUUCUCUUGGACCUUCUCAGGGUUAUCAGCCACCAUAGGGCCCGGCUUGCCACUCCCAUACGCACUGUUCAGAAAAUAUAUGGUGAGGCUGACUUGGAGAAUGUACCAUUUUCUGAGACCAUGUAUUCUCGUACAGGGGCUACUAACCGCCCUCUGCUUCUUAUUGAGCCAUCUUAUAAAGUCAAUGGUGACGAUAAAGCCAAGGUCUCUGGACGUCCUGCUCGCUCAUCAAGCGAAGAAAAAGAUGCCAAACAAGAGGCAGUCUCAACAUCAGGAACGAAAGCCCCCGACACAUCAGGAACAACGCCUAAGCCUUCAACUGGAUCAGUAUCCAACACACAGACCCAGAAUCCAACCAGUACUCCAGAACAAAGCAGCAGUGAGAAGCCAGUAACAAGCAAUGAGGUAAAAGGAGAAAAGAAAGAUCUCACAGGACUGAACGCUAAGGAUAAUACGCCACGAGGGACUCCUCCCAAAUGGUCACUCUCAGCUGCCGGUCCGAGUAGCGAGAAAGCUGAUGUUUCUUCCUCGAGCGUGCAGAAUAAGCAAGAUGGCGAGAAGACCCCUGUGGGCAGACCUCCAUUGGAGGAGAACAUUGUCCUGGGAGUUGCCUUGGAAGGCUCCAAAAGAACUCUUCCAAUAGAGGAAGAUCUGAAUCCAUCUCCCUUUCACUCUCCAGCUGAUACAAAAGAAACUUCCACGCAGAGGAAUGGGAGUGAGUUUGGUCCAAAGAGCAAGGAUAUGAAAGAUGGGCAGAUGCCUGCAGUUCCAGGUGGUACAAAAAGUGAUUGAUGAGUAGGCACCACGCACACCAGGGUUGGCUUCUCCCACUUAGUCUCCUGAUUUUUGAAGCGAUGCGAAUAUGAAAAUGCUGAGCUAAAUUUUUAAGCAAGCAUUUUGCAGGUUCGCUGGUGUAAAAAAAAAAAAAAAUGUAUCUUGAUCCAAAGGCACAUUGGCCUAUGAAAGUCUCCACUACGCUGACUUUCUCAGAAAAGGAAAAGGCAACUACAAUUAUUUUAACCAUUUCGUACAUUCAUAAUCUUAUUGUUGUCUAUCAAUUUUAGACUUCGUUAAAGUAAUGAUAUAGUUUGUAU